AUGUCCGGUCAAAUCCCCACAGCAACAGCCCUGUCCGCCCCAGGCAAGGUCCUUUUGACAGGAGGCUACCUCGUUCUUGACCGCAACUACACAGGCACGGUCUUUGCUCUUGACGCCAGAAUCCAUGCUAUCGUUGAGCAGCAGAAAAAGACACCGUCAGAUGCCGCUGACAAGGAGAACGAAGACACGGUUACUGUUCGUUCACCUCAGUUUGUCGAUGCCAUCUGGGAUUAUAGCGUGCACCGAUGUGAAAAUGGUGGUGGGGUGAGGGUCCAGCAGAAAGGCAAUGGACCACGGAAUCCCUUUGUCGAAACCUCUUUGAACUACGCCUUGACCUAUAUCGGCUACGUCGCUGAUUCCAAGGCCUUCGGAUCGUUGUCCAUUACUAUUCUCGCAGACAAUGACUACUAUUCCGAAACUGCUUUCUCUAAAGAUGCCGGGUCUCAAGGUCGGUUCGUGAACUUUGGCGUCCCACUGCACGAGGCGCACAAGACAGGUCUUGGCUCUUCAGCUGCUUUGGUCACUGCUUUGGUAUCUUCCCUGGUCAUCCAUCGUACCAUGCAACCUGAUGACAUCGGUGCUGGCCGCGAUAAACUUCAUAACUUAGCUCAGGCAGCCCACUGUGCAGCGCAGGGUAAGGUCGGUUCCGGAUUCGAUGUUGCUGCAGCAAUCUACGGGUCUUGUUUGUACCGUCGCUUCUCUCCUUCCAUCCUAGAGUCAAUUGGCGACGCGGGCUCCCCUGGGUUCGAAGAGCGAUUGUUCGCUGUCGUGGAAGAUGCCGACCCUCAGCAUCCCUGGGAUACCGAAUGUGUGGAUUUCGGUAUGAGACUUCCUCGAGGCAUGCAGAUGGUUUUGUGCGAUGUCGAUUGCGGGUCGCACUCCCCGUCUAUGGUCAAGAAGAUUCAGGAAUGGCGAAAGCAAAACCAGAAGGAGGCGGAUGAGCUCUGGGUGGCCCUUCAAACGAACAACGAAAACCUCCGUUUGGAGCUGAAGCGGCUGGCGCAAAGCUCCGAUGCGGCCGCGUCUGGGGACUAUACUGACGUCCGCACUUACAUCCAACGCUCGCGCGCCUACAUCCAGACGAUGACCCGCAAGUCAAACGUCCCGAUUGAGCCGAUUGUACAGACCGAGCUUCUAGAUGCUGUGUCCGCGAUCGAUGGAGUGGUUGGAGGCGUGGUCCCUGGCGCGGGUGGAUACGAUGCCAUUGUGCUCCUUAUCCAGGACAAGCCCGAAGUGAUCCAACGACUGAACACUCUGUUUGAGAACUGGACGAGCAAGGUGGAAGACGACUUUGGAGGGAAGAUUGACACGGUCCGACUCCUUGGCGUGCGACAUGGGUCGGAAGGAGUGAAGAACGAAAUGCUUGAGCAGUAUAAUGGCUGGGUAUAA